CUCCUCUGUGGGUCAACAGCCAGCGAAGCUACCAUCAACCGGGUCUGCGGCGCCACAAAAUGAAAGCUGUGGAUUAAUUUCUGCCCGCUUUCUGUCUCUAACCCUCGGGGACAUUGAGGCGGACAGAGACCUGCUCGGUCUCCCCACCUCCGGAGGGACUCUGCGGGACAAACCGCCCGUUAUCGGGCCUCGUCGUCGUGGCCCAGCAGGACUCGAGUGAAGUUGGGAGCCAAACUUCUGCUUCCUCCAGCCGCUGUCCGCAGGGCCCGGGGCUCCUGUCACCGGCCCUGUGGAUGCGGAAGUGAGUGGGGAUUAAAUCGGCCCGCAGGACAAGGGAGUCCCUUUGAUGGGAGAGUCCUCCGUCCGAGCCUGCUGGGUCAGUCGCCGCACCAUGAUGGAUGAGCAGGAGGCCCUGAACUCCAUCAUGCAGGACUUGGCCGAGCUGCACCGCUCCAGCCGUCCUGCGGCCUUCCUGUCGGACUUGGGGAAACCCAAAGCCUCGUCACCCAAGAACCAGAACGACGUGAGGGUCAAGUUCGAGUUCAAAGGAGAGAAGAGGAUCCUGCAGUUCCCUCGGCCGCUGAAGCUGGAGGACCUGCAGGCCAAAGCCAGGGUGGCCUUUGGUCAGAGCUUAGACCUCCACUACACCAACAACGAGCUGGUGAUCCCGCUGACGACCCAGGACGACCUGGACAAGGCGGUGGAGCUGCUGGACCGCAGCGUUCACAUGAAGAGCUUGAAGAUCCUGCUGGUGCUGCAGAAGGCUUCGUCCAACAUGGACCUCCUGCCGUCCCACCAGGAGCUGGACAACACGGGUUUCCGGGCCGGCUCCCAUUCCACAGACCGCAGCUCACCUCCUCCGGGGUACAUUCCCGACGCGCUCCAGCAGGUGGCGAGGAACGGCUCCUUCACCAGCAUCAACAGCGAGGGGGAAUUCAUCCCAGAGAGCAUGGACCAGAUGUUGGACCCGUUGUCGAUGAGCAGUCCGGAGAACUCUGCGUCUGGAAGCUGUCCGUCAUUGGACAGCCCGCUGGACAGCGAUUACCCCAAGUCCAGGAUGCCUCGAGCGCAGAGUUACCCCGACAACCACCAGGACUUUCCAGAGUAUGACCUCCCUGUGUUUGAGAAGUCAGGCAAAGGCGGGACAUACCCACGGCGGUACGGCGUUCCUUUUGGCCUGCAGGACUACAGUGACGGCAGGAAGACGUUCCCUCGUGCUCGGCGGACUCAGGUCCACAACCUUCGCUCGCCCGUCAGCUUCAGCCCCACAGAGCAGUCGCCCAGCACCAGCAGCGGCAGCAGCGUGUUUACCCCUGACUUGGAGGAGGCCCCGCCCACUGGUUCUGCCCCUGGACCGGCCCCCAACAGAAGGCGGCGCGGCAGCGACAUCGAGGCCAGCACCACGCUGUCAGUCAUGGACAUCAGUCCGCCGAGCCGCUCGCCACGUGCACCGACCAACUGGCGGCUGGGGAAGCUGCUGGGCCAGGGCGCCUUCGGCCGGGUCUACCUGUGCUACGAUGCGGAUACGGGUCGGGAACUGGCCGUCAAGCAGGUCCAGUUCGACCCGGACAGCCCAGAGACCAGUAAGGAAGUGAGCGCCCUGGAGUGCGAGAUCCAGCUGCUGAAGAACCUCUGCCACGAUCGCAUCGUCCAGUACUACGGCUGCCUGCGGGACAGCCUGGAGCGCACGCUCUCCAUCUUCAUGGAGCACAUGCCGGGGGGCUCCAUCAAGGACCAACUGAAGGCGUACGGUGCACUGACGGAGAACGUGACACGGCGCUACACGCGGCAGAUCUUGGAAGGCGUGUCCUACCUGCACAGUAACAUGAUCGUCCACAGGGACAUCAAAGGCGCCAACAUCCUGCGGGACUCUGUGGGCAACGUGAAGCUGGGCGACUUCGGCGCCAGCCGGCGGCUGCAGACCAUCUGCCUGUCGGGGACAGGCAUCAAGUCGGUGACAGGAACGCCAUACUGGAUGAGUCCGGAGGUCAUCAGUGGCGAGGGCUACGGCCGGAAGGCCGACAUCUGGAGCGUGGGCUGCACCGUGGUGGAGAUGCUGACCCAGCGGCCGCCCUGGGCCGAGUUCGAGGCCAUGGCGGCCAUCUUUAAGAUCGCCACGCAGCCCACCAAUCCGGUGCUGCCGCCGCAUGUGUCGGACCACUGCAGGGAGUUCCUGCGGCGGAUCUUCGUGGAAACCAAGCACCGUCCGUCUGCGGACGAGCUGCUGCGGCAUUUCUUCGUACAUUGAAGCCCCGCCCACCCGCAGAGCAGCCAAUAAGGCCUUAGUUUAGGGGCGGGGCUGCCUCUGGCCCCGCCUCUCCGGAGCAGAAGGACCCGACGUUUGGCUUCAGCACCUUAUCCUGUCGGUGGCCGGUACGUGUUCUGGACCCGACCCGACCCGGAAUGUAAUCCACUCCACAACCCAGACCUACGACCCAACUAAACACUCUUGGAAACUUCCUCUUCAGUCGGCGCCAUGUGCCUACUGUGGUUCUAAUGGCACCAGACGACCCAGUAUGAUCCAAUGCGACCCGUCCAGAGGUUCUGGCUUCCUGGAAGAACUGCCUUCACUUCGUAGCCCAACCCCAGCCGACCCAGUUCUGCCGGUGCCGUUCCUCUAUGCCUUUUCUGCAGCCAGAACUCAACAGGAUGUCAGCCGGGCUCACUGCAUCCAAUCAGAACUAGGUGGUUCUGAUCCGUUCUGCAGCCACUCACCGUAGCUUCUGGAGGAGUCAGCUUCAAGUCCCCAAAUUAAAAGAAUCGGAGUUGGGAUGCUUUUAAAUUGAGCGCUGACAGCGGUCGCAUGUCCUGACGUUUUCUGAGCAGCCAAUUAAGACAGUGAGCUGGGGCGGGGCUUAGGAAAGGUGCAAAUUCCACUGGCAGGUUGUGUUUACGCUGCGGCUCUCGGUCUGGAGGUGUUGCAGAGUCUCCUGGGGCCACUAGGUGGCAGCGGCAGCAGGAAGUGGGUCAGUAAAGCUCUUCUCGUGUCGCUAAGAUGUGGCUGCUCUGAUCUGUUCGCCGGCAGUUCUGGCCCCAACAGGAAGUCCUGCAGGUGGACGCUCCACCACCAGGAGGCGCUGUGGGAUGCACUGUUGCUUUCAUAAAUGUCCUCAGCAGCUGUGGCUGAAACGGCUUCACAAAUCUUUCUUUGCACAUUUUAAACACUGUUUUUCUGUGUGUGUGUGUUGAAGGUCCAGUUCACCUCUGCUUGAAUGUAAUGUGUCAUUUUCACCUCUAGGGGGCGCCGCUCAGCAGUGGUUGAACUCUUCAGUAUUUGUCAGCUGCAGAUUCACCGACGGCUCUCUCUUAAGUCACUGCUGUCAUACCUGGUGUGUGUGUGUGUGUGUGUGUGUGUGUGUGUGUGUGUGUGUGUGUGUGUGUGUGUGUGUGUGUGUGUGUGUGUGUUCUGAGGUACGAACAUUAAAAUCAUGAUGUACAGACGUGUAAAAUGAAAACGUCCUUCUUGUUUCCUGUUUGUUGUCUUGUAAAGGAAGCCAUGUUUAUAAUUCUGAUUGGUUUGUGACCAAUUCGCCUGUUUAUAUCAGAUCUGUAUAUCAGUGGUACACAUAAUUUUUAAUAUAUAUUUUUAUUUUGUUUGUUUUUUAUGGGAGAUUCCCAGCAUGGUUGGGUCAGAGACGCAGCAGAGCCAUUGAAUGGUUUCUGCGUUCAGAAUUAUGACCAUGAAAACAAUUAAAGAUAUUUAUUUCACAGA